AUGCAUAAAACAUAUUCUUUACGGAAUUCAAGGGCUCCAACUCAAUCACAACUCCAAAACCCACCUCCACCAGUAUCCACAACAAAGGGAAGGUUUUUCGGUUAUCGUGGUGGUCUGGCUUUCACAUUUAGAAAGAAUUAUGCAGGUGCAUUGGGCCCUCAAUUAGCUAGAAAAUUGGCACAAUUAGUUAAAAUUGAGAAAAAUGUUUUAAGAGCUAUGGAAAUUUCAUCUAUGGAAAGACGUCAAGCCGCCCAACAACUAUCGUUAUGGGGAUUGGAAAAUGAUGAUGACGUUUCAGAUAUAACUGAUAAACUUGGUGUAUUAAUUUAUGAGAUCAGUGAAUUGGAUGAUCAGUUUAUUGACCGAUAUGAUCAGUAUAGAUUGACUUUGAAAUCCAUUAGAGAUAUCGAAAAUUCUAUUCAAGGGUCUCGUGACAGAAAAUUGAAAAUUGAUGAUAAGAUUGCUUAUUUGAAAUAUAAAGACCCAAACAACCUAGCCAAGAUAGAGGUCUUGGAACAAGAAUUGGUCCGUGCUGAAGCCGAAUCUUUAGUAGCAGAAGCACAAUUAUCAAAUAUUACAAGAUCCAAAUUGAAAAUGGCCUUUCAGUAUCAAUUUGAUUCGAUUAUUGAACACUCCGAAAAAAUUGCAUUGAUUGCUGGUUAUGGUAAAGUUUUAUUAGAAUUGUUAGAUGAUUCACCGGUAACUCCAGGCGAAACAAGACCUGCAUAUGACGGAUAUGAAGCAUCCAAACAAAUAAUCAUCGAUGCAGAACAUGCUUUAAACGAAUGGACUUUAGAUAAUGCUCAAGUUAAACCAACCUUAAGCCUAAUUAAUGAACCAAACAUUGAAUAUGAACUUGACUCAUCUUCUGAUGAAAAUCCUGAAAGAGAACAAGAAAAUGAAUGGAUUGCUGAUAAUGUAGAUGAAUAUAAUAAUGAUAAUAAUGAUAAUAAUGAUAAUAUAAACUAUAAGAAUGAUAUUAUUGAAGAAAGCAAUGAUAUUGAUAUACAAAAUGUUACUGAUCGUAUACAGCAAUCAUUAUAA